CCUACCAUACGUAGAUUAAGCCUGAUUCGCUGUCAGUCUGCUUGGCGUUAGUGAGACCUAACUUGCUACACAAAAGAGCUAUUCCACCGACUUUGUAAGACUACUCAUAUUUGAAAGAUGUCUGAGAACAAGAGAAGAAAGAAGAACUUGUUAGAUGACGAGGACGCCGAAGCCGAUGGCGCGACGGACCUUAGCAUUCGCGUGAAUAAGGAGUACGCAACGCGAUUCGAGCACAACAAACGGCGUGAGGAGCUUCAUCGCCUGCAAGCGAAGUACCCUGAGGAGGCCGAAAAACUUGCACGAAAGAUUGCCCGGGAGGCCGCAAUUGCUGCUGGGCAGGAGCCGCCGCCGCUAGGGGAUGAUGACAGCUCGGAGGAGGAGGAGGACGAUGGAGAGAUCCCGGUUGACACGGAGGCCAAGAUCUUUGAGACGCUGAUGCGCAUCCGCCGCAAGGAUCCCGCAAUCUACCAGAAGGACGUCAAGUUCUUUGACGACGAGGGCGAGGAGGGGCAGGGUGGUGGUGGUGAGGAGGAGGAGGAGGGCGGCAGCAAGAAGCCCAAGUCCGCCAAGGCUAAGCCCGUGUUCCUGAAGGACCUCAUUGCCAAGCAGGCCCUGGAGUACGGUCCCGGCGGGGACAGCAGCGAUGAGGAGGAGCAGGGCGGCGGCGCCAAGCGGGAGGGCGCCCGGAAGCCCAAGGCGUACGACGCGGAGCAGGAGGACCUGCGUAAGGCCUUCCUGGAGGCAGCGGAGGAUGCUGUGGUUGCGGAGGCUGAGGAGGGCCCGGGCGGGGUGCUGCGUCUGCGCGCCCGGGAGGAGGCGUCAGGUGGUGAGGAGAGUGAGGAGAGCGAGGAGCAGGAGGCUGAUCCCGAGGCGAAGCGCAAGAAGGGCGGGCAGAAGGGCGGGCAGAAGGGCGAGGGCCAAGGCCAAUUCCAACAGUUGAUCGAGGCUUACUUUGGCUCCGAGGGCGAGCUCCACCCGGACGACAAGUUCCUCAAAGAAUACAUCUUGAACAAGGGCUGGGUGGACCGAGACGAUGACUACGUGCCCUCCUACCGUGAGGUGGUGGGCGAGGAGGAGGAGGAAGACGGCGGGGCGGGUGUGGACGACGAGGAGGACGAGGCCUACCUGCGCCAAAUGGAUGCCUUUGAAGCCAAGUACAACUUCAGGUUUGAGGAGCCGGGCGCGGACCGCAUCGUCACGCAUCCGCGUGUCGUGGAGGGCACCAUCCGCAAGCCCGACGACAAGCGCAAGCGGCAGCGCGACGCCAAGAAGCAGCGGCUGGAGGAGGCGGAGGAGGCGGCGCGCGAGGAGGUCAAGCGGCUCAAGAACCUCAAGAAGCAGGAGAUUGAGAGCAAGCUUGACAAGCUGCGCAACGUUGCGGGCGCUGCUGCCCCCACCGCCGCGUCCCUGGACGAUGUGCUGGAGGGCGACUUUGACCCUGAGGAGUGGGACAAGAAGAUGGCGGCAGCCUUCGAUGACGACUACUACGAUGCUGAGGAGGAGCUGGAGGGGCUGCAGGAGGACCUGAACCUGCUGGGCAGUGACAUGGAGGACAGCAGCGAGGAGGAAGCGGAGGGCAGCGGAGACGGCGGCGAGGAGGGGGAUGGGGAGAAGCCGGUGCGGUUCAGCACGCUGCGCAAGAAGCUAAAGGAGGUGGACGCGCUCAGCGAGGAGCCAGAGGGUGAGGAGGAGGGCAAGAAGCGCAAGGCCGACCCCGAGAUGGCGGCCCGGCAGCGCGCGGAGCUGCAGCGGCUGCUGGAGGAGUACUACAAGCUGGACUAUGAGGACAACGUGGGCGGCAUCAAGACGCGCUUCAAGUACAGGGAGGUGCCCGCCAGCACCUUUGGUCUGAGCGUGGACGACAUCCUGCGUCUGGAUGAUAAGUCCCUGAACCAGGUGGCGGGUAUGAAGCGCCUGGCGCCGUACCGCGAAGACAUCGAGAAGCAACGCCCCAACUACAAGGCGCUGGAGAUGAUCAAGGGCGAAAAAGCUCAACUCAAGCAACACCGGCGACAGCAUUGGAAAAAGGACCGGCAAAAGUUCCGGGACGGCGGCCGACAGGGAGGCCAGCGGGACAAGGCGGCGGAGGCUGGCGAGGCUGCCGGCGUUGGCCCUGGCAGUGCUGCCGCGGAUGGCUCUGGUGACGCAGCCGCAGGGCAGCAGCGAUCCGGGGAUGCGCGGAAGGAGGACCGCAAGGACAGGAAGGCGACCCAGAGGUCCCGCGACGGCGGCGAGAACGCUGGUCCAGGGCCUGGCUCGCAGGCCGCCGGGGCAGCGAAGGGCGGGCGCGAAGGCAAGAAGCAGCAGGGCGGCAAGCCACAUGGGAAAGAGCGGGAGCAGAGGCAGGUGGAUCCUGCGCAGGCUCGUCUGGCGUCGUACGCUGUGCCGACGCUGAAGAAGGAUUCAGGCUGGGCGCGCGACGGGCAGGGCCUGGCUGGGAGGAAGCGCAAGCGGGACGACAAGCAGCAGGGCAAGCAAAGUGGCGGCACGGCUGAGCCCUCGGACGGCCCGCAGAUGUCGCGGGCGCAGAAGAAGAACCUCAAGCGGACUAUGAAGCGUGCUGAGAAGCGCCAGGCGGGGCCCGCUGACGCGUGAUGGGAAGAGGCGGCACGGUGGAGGCUGUGGCGGCAUGGAUGCCGGCUCGCGGAGGCGUGUGAACUGCACGGGGCCGUCUAGAGCGGACGAAAUGCAUGAAUACAGCUGGUCAUCUGCAUUGUGUACGUCGCUGUAACAUCCUAUGCCGGGCACCUUCUACGUACACUGCUACUACCGCGCCCCAUUCGGGCAUGCCCCAUAUGCGGAAUACAAGGGCUACCUAGGGGUAACUUGCCGACAGUGGAAGGCUUGAGGAUGCGCAUGCGUGACUGAGCUCUGAAGUUAUACAAAACUUGCUGACCAGCGGUCGGGCGUUAACCGAACAGGUAAAAUAGCCGCCAUCUUGCCGAGGCUUGUAACGGCGGAGGCAUGUAGGGGCAUUCAUCACUUGCGCACAAUAGCGGCAACCCUAGAAACGGAAAUGUGCGAAUGUGCACAACGCUUAAAGACCAAAUUAUCGGGCUUGCAAUGCGGUUGAUCAUGAAGGACGCCACGGUUCAACGGCAUGAUACCUUUGUUGCCUGCUGCACCAUCGACACUGGUAUGUGCGUUGGUGUUCUUACCUCCCCCCGCUCAACACUUCCUAACACCUUGCAGACUCCUAUGCUCCUGUCUGCCGCUGGUGAACUUCGUGUCAGAGUUAGGGUUUACGGAGCCGACGAGAUAUCUUGCUGAUACUUUGUAGUUGAAGACCC